CACUACGUGAGACUUCUGAGCCCCGCCCCUAAGCUUGUCAGCUGAUGUCGUGAUCACAUGACCGGAAGAAGGUUUGUUGCGGAGGAUUGGGGAUUUCACGUGUGAUGUGAUAUUUGGUUCGGAGCCGUCACAAUGUCCUCAGCUCCCGCUCUCAGCCCAGACAAUAGGGAGGUGAAGCAGAAGAUAACGAAGAAGUUGUCGUCUUCCCUCCGAGCACUACAGAUCCGAUAUGUGACGACUGAUGAUGUGGUCACCAGCGAUGACGACGAUGCCAAUGGCUUGUGUGUGGCCCUGGAGGCUGUGCUGGUGCAUGGACUGAAGGCAAAGUUUAUUAAAAUGCAGACGGAGAGGAGGAGGAGGAACAAGGGGCGCAGUGUAUCCUUACCCCAACCGGCCUUCUGGGCGCUGCUGAAAGCCAUCACUCACCGAAAUGUGAUCUCGCAGCUGGAAAACAUCAGUUACAUCAGUACAGAUGUGGGUCGCUGUCGUUCUUGGCUGCGUCUGGCGCUCAACGAAUGUUUGAUGGAGUGUUACUUCCUGACCCUGCAGCGGGAGAAGUCUCGUCUUAUGGAAUUUUAUCAGCCGUUCGCCUUGAUGCUGGACAUGGAGGACUGCGAUGUCGUGCUGAGUUAUUUGCAGGGUUUGUCCUCCUUGUCCUUCGAUUUGUCUUACAAGUCUUCAAUAUUAAAUGAAUGGACGGUGUCUCCUCUGUCACUAGCCGGGCUGUGGCUGGAUGAGAGUGAACAAGUCAUUCCAUGCGGACCCCACAGGAGGAAGUCGCUGGACUCGGUGUCUCAGUCCUCGAGCUCGGAUGAUGCCAAUAAUCCUAUGAUCAAUGGAAGUCAGAGAAAGGCAGACUCGUCGGCUCUCAGUCUGGAUACCGGGAGUUCCUCUUCUCAGCUCUCCUCCAGCUUGGGCUCCGAUGAACAGAGCAGGGGCGCCACAGCCCCCAUCCUGGCCCAGAACUCCACCUUCUCCUCAAUAGUUACCGAUGAGGCCGACACUGAUGAACAAAUGAGCAAAUCUCCAGCAGAGGACAUGGACACCGGGAUUUCUUCUUCAUCUGACACUACCGCUCCCAGCUCCCCUCCCAGCCCCCUCGCCCUGGAUACCCCAUCAUCGGACUUCGCUGCACCUACAGAAACUUCAUCCAGUGACAGCCCAGUGCUGGAAGGCCAUGCGACUGACACAAAGGACUCUAAUCAUGUGGCCUGUUAUUUGGCGGAAGACACAAGAGACACACAGGCGCUGUCAUCUCAGAAGGUUAUAUCACAGGCGCUCCCAUCACAGACUGUUAAAUCACAGGUGCUCCCAUCACAGACUGUUAAAUCACAGGCGCUCCCAUCACAGACUGUUAAAUCACAGGCGCACUCAUCACAGGCGCUCCCAUCACAGACUGUUAAAUCACAGGCGCACUCAUCACAGGCGCUCCCAUCACAGACUGUUAAAUCACAGGCAAUCCCAUCUCAGAGCAGAUCUCAGGCAGAUCCGGAAUCUCGGAGGGACGCAACGCUUUUCCUCGAAUCCUCUGCAGAACUUACAAAAAGCAGAAGUUGGAUUUCAGAAGAGGAUUUCACACAAGUGGAUCGCGUGAUUCCUGUGGAAGAGGCCCAGCCUGGACCUAUCCUCCCAGCUCAGUCCGUAGAAUCGGCCCCUCUUGAGUCCAAUGGGCAGAACCAGUCUGGCCAAGCCUUUCGCGUUGUACACCGGAGGCAGAUGGGACUUUCCAACCCUUUCCGGGGUCUCUUGAUGUUGGGCGCUUUGGAGCGUAAGAACACUUUAGGAUUGUACAAGCCAUAUUACUGCGAGCUAACACCGUACGAGUUUCGCCUGCAACCAGACGGAGAUGAGCAGAGCUGCGCAGAGACUUGCUCCUUGCUGCGCUGCGAGUCUGUGGGCCCCGCCCACACGGACGGGCGCUUUGAUCUUCAGUUUCACAAUAAACGUUUGUAUAUGAGGGCAGCGUCUAAAAACGAGGCUCAGGACUGGGUAGACAGGAUAACUGAAGCCAUCCAAAAAUUCAGACCAAACAAAGAUGAUGCCUGGGAGAUUCUAAAUGUCCCCAACUCUCCACAGAGAUCACUGGACCUGAAAAGUAACUCUCCACAUAAGGAUUCUCAGAGCCCCAUUGAAAGCUACUUACCAUCUGAAGUGUUUGAUUGGGGUUGUCCGUUGGAGGUGGAGCCAGAUGCAUUGAAGGAGUCGGUUCUUUACAUGAGGAUACACAAGAAGUGGACUCGAUUUGUCUUCUCAUUGUCAGACCGAGCUUUGAAAUGUUUCCUACCCCGAGACACGGAGAAAUCCCUCUAUUGUGUUUACAACAUUGAAACGAUGAAAGACAUUUUACCGGACUCUAGCCUUGGUAGCCCAUCCUGCUUCCGUCUGGUGACCACUAAAGGCUCCCUACAGUUGCAAGCUGAGAACGGACAGGAGGCCAAGGCCUGGCGAGAGCUGGUCCGUGCCGCAUACCUGGAGUCUGAGGACGACCCUACUUUUCUCCCGACUGUUGGAAAUUAUCAGAUAAAAUCCCACAUUAAGGAACAUGCGCUCUUCCAGUACCUUAUCCAUAUUCCCACUGAGAGCGGGCUGGACACGCAGAACUUCAAGUGUGCAGGUUGCCACAAGCAAAUUGGAUUCCAGUUUGGAAAGGCAAAGCUGUGUGCUUAUUCUGCCUUGUACUAUUGUGACUUGUGUCAUCAGGAUGAGAAAUCGGUCAUCCCUUCUAGAUUUGUCCAUAACUGGGAUAUGGUAGAUCGAGCGGUGUCCCGACAGGCCAUAAACUUCCUGAAAAUGGUGCAUAACGAGCCGAUCUUUAACUUGAAAUAUUUGAAUGAGAGUCUGUACCAGCACACAAAGACCAUGUGCGACAUUGAACGUAACCGCGAGAAGCUGCGUCUCCUCGGGGAAUAUCUGAUGACAUGUCGCAGUGGAGCGGUGAAGGAACUGAGCGCCAGUUUGGAUCAACGCAACUACCUUCUGGACUGUGCUCACACAUACAGCUUGCAGGACCUUAAACAGAUCUCUGAUGGGAUGUUUGAACCUUUUCUUCAGUCCGCUGUGGAGUUUGCCUGCAGUCAUGUCUUUCAGUGUGAUCUCUGCAGUCAGAGAGGAUUCAUCUGUCAGAUAUGUAACAGCAAUGAGAUCAUCUACCCCUUCCAGUUUGACACAACCUGCAGGUGUCCUGAAUGUAAAGCAGUCUUCCAUAUUCCGUGUAAGGCUCAACAGACGCAGUGCCCACGUUGCCUACGGAGAAGAAGGUACCAGGACCAGGGGGUGAAGGUGUGAGGCGCUUUUGAAUUUUGCUCAAUUUCCUGCGGUGUGGAAGAUAUGGUCGCUACUGCCCGUCACUUUAUUCCUGUAUAUAGACUGUAUAUUCCUUGUGUGUAUGUAGUGUACAGACUCUGCAAUGAAGGUAGAGAAGGAUAUGGCCCAUCAUGCUUUAUCGGAUGGGGUGGAUCCUUGUUCUCCAUGGCCAAGACUUGCAAGAAACGCUCUAAUAUUCCUUCAGCCAUCAACUGCCUGGACAACUCUCUAUGCGUCCGGUCCCUACAUGUUAAUCCAGUCUUCCAUCCCUCACUGCUUAUUUCAUGUCACAGGAAGGAGAACUGUCCGCUAUCAGAGCCUUGGCCAGGCAGCAUUCUUUUAUAUCCCUGCUAAUGCGAGAACUGUGCGCCAUCAGAGCCUCGGCCAGGCAGCAUUCUCCUUCAUCCUUGCUAAUACCAGAACUGUCCGCCAUCAGAGCCUCGGCCAGGCAGCAUUCUCCUCCAUCCUUGCUAAAACCAGAACUGUCCGCCAUUAGAGCUGCGGCCAGGCAGCAUUCUUUUAUAUCUCUGCUAAUGCGAGAACUGUGCGCCAUCAGAGCCUUGGCCAGGCAGCAUUCUCCUCCAUCCUUGCUAAUACGAGAACUGUCCGCCAUUAGAGCCUCGGCCAGGCAGCAUUCUCCUCCAUCCUUGCUAAUACGAGAACUGUCCGCCAUUAGAGCCUCGGCCAGGCAGCAUUCUCCUCCAUCCUUGCUAAUACGAGAACUGUCCGCCAUCAGAGCCUCGGCCAGGCAGGACACCCCUCUUCCAAACUAAUAUGAGAACUGUGCGUUAUCAAAGCCUUGGCCAGGCAAGAAUCCCCCCUCCUCACUAAUAUGAGAACUUCCACCAUCGGACCCCCCUCCUUCCUUUCUAAUACAAGAAUUGUCCAUCAGAUCUUCAGGCAGGCUGGACAACCCCCUUCCUAACUAAUAUGACAGCUGUCCAACAUUGAACCCUUGGCCAGGAAGGACACAUGCUUCCUAAGUACUAGGAGAACUAAUUUGUCUUCAGAGUCUCAGCCAGGCAGGGCCCUCCCUUUCCUCACAAUACAAGAACUGUCCGCCAUCGGAGCCUCUGUGAGGCAGGACACCCCUCCUCCGAACUAAUAUGACCGCUGUCCACCAUUGAGGUCUUGGCCAGGAAGGACACCAACUUCCUAAGAAGUAAUAAGAGAACUAUCUGUCAUCAGUCUCAGCCAGGCUGGGCACCCCGUUUCUUACUAAUACAAGAUCUGUCCACCAUCAGAGCCUCGGCCAAGGAGGACACCCCCUUCUUAACUGUUAAUAGAACUAAUAUGAAGAUAUCAACCAUCGAAGCCUCUGCUAGGCAGGACACCCCUUCCUAUCUUUACUUUAUUAAUCUCAAAGGGAAAUUGUUAAUACAAGAAUUGUCCGGCCUCAGAUUUUCAGCUAGGCUGGACACCCCCUUCCUAACUAAUAUGACAGCUGUCCAACAUUGAAGCCUUGGUCAGGAAGGAGACCUACUUCCUAAGUACUAGGAGGACUAUUUGUCUUCAGUCUUGGCCAAGCAGGACACCCCCUUUCCUUACUAAUACGAGAACUGUCCGCCAUCGGAGCCUCUGUGAGGCAGGACACCCCUCUUCCAAACUAAUAUGACAGCUGUCCACCAUUAAAGCCUUGGCCAGGAAGGACAUCCACUUCCUAAGUAAUGGAACUCUUUGUCUUCAGAGUCUUAGCCAGGCAGAACACCCCUUUCCUCACUAAUACGAGAACUGUCUACCAUCAGAGCCUCUGUGAGGCAGGACACCCCCUCCUCCGAACUAAUGACAGCUGCCCACCAUUGAGGCCUUGGCCAGGAAGGACACUCACUUCCUAAGAAAUAAUAGAACUACCUGUCAUCAGUCUCAGCCAGGCUGGGCACCCACUAAUAUGAGGGCUGUCCACCAUCAGAGCCUCGGCCAAGGAGGACACCCCCUUCUUAACUAUUAAUAGAACUGUUGUCUGUCAUUAGAACCUCAGCCAGGCAGGACACCCACUUCCUCACUAAUACGAGAGAUUCUCACCAUCGGAACCUCAGCCAGGCAGGACACCCUCUUCCUUACUAAUACGAGAGAUUCUCACCAUCGGAACCUCAGCCAGGCAGGACACCCACUUCCUCACUAAUACGAGAGAUUCUCACCAUCGGAACCUCAGCCAGGCAGGACACCCUCUUCCUCACUAAUACGAGAGAUUCUCGCCAUCGGAACCUUUGCCAGGCAGGACACCCUCUUCCUCACUAAUACGAGAGAUUCUCGCCAUCGGAACCUCAGCCAGGCAGGACACCCUCUUCCUCACUAAUAUGACAACUGUCCACCAUCGGAGCCUUGGCUAGAAAGGACACCCCCCCCCCCCUCUUCCUCACCAAUCCUGAUGUAUCAUGAAGAGUUACUCUUUAUUAUUUUUAUGCAAAUAUGAAGUUUACAACUUGUAAUAUUUUUCUAGUUUUCAUCAUCUUUUUAAUGAAUCAUGUGCCUUUCUGACAAUGGACAGUAGUGAGUAGCAUCCAAGCAUCAUGGAAGCUAGAGGAGGACAGAGCCGGGCACGUUGAGUGUCUGUAGAUUGACUGAAGUACGCACAUAGUGUGGAUGACUCCUGAUUGGACAGCAAGGCGAAAUCGCAGCAUUACCACUUCACCCACUCACUAUAGGAAGAGCCAGUCCCAAGUUUUGGGCUUAUAGUUCAGGGAAAUCUGGAUCCUAACCGUUUGGCCUAUACAGCUGCUCUAGGCAAUUGCUUUGUUUACUUUAACAGAUUGUAGUGUGUGAAAAAUUCUCUAUUUUUAAAGGAAAUGUUUCAUUUGGGGAAGAAAACCACUCUCUUUGUAAGGUGGGCGUAAUUCAUUAUUUUCAGUGGCGGGAAGCUGAUAAUGACACUUUCCUCAAAGCAUCUUUUUAUUUUGUUUUCACGGUUUUCUAAAAUGUUUGUCAUUCCAUUCAAAAUCCUACGAAGGCGAAGCUAAAGUUCCACAAAAGAGAAGUCCUAAUCUUUGCUGAUCUUUAUAAAUAACCUAAUCAUGGUCCACAACUCCUCCAGCAGCCAAUCCAUCUAAAUACCUAAUCGUGGUCCACAACUCCUCCAGCAGCCAAUCAGUAAAAAUAUCUGAUCAUGGUCCUCAACCCCUCCAGUAGCCAAUCCAUCUAAAUACCUAAUCGUGGUCCACAACCCCUCCAGCAGCCAAUCCAUCUAAAUACCUAAUCGUGGUCCACAACCCCUUUAGCAGCCAAUCGGUAAAAAUAUUUGAUCAUGGUCCUCAACUCCUCCAGCAAGCAAUCUAUAUAAAUACCCAGUCAUUGUCCACAACCCCUCCAGCAGCCAAUCCAUCUAAAUACCUAAUCGUGGUCCACAACCCCUCCAGCAGAUAAUCCAUCUAAAUACCUAAUCGUGGUCCACAACUCCUCCAGCAGCCAAUCCAUCUAAAUACCUAAUCGUGGUCCACAACUCCUCCAGCAGCCAACCCAUCUAAAUACCUAAUCAUGGUCCACAACCCCUCCAGCAGCCAAUCAGUAAAAAUAUCUGAUCAUGGUCCUCAACUCCUCCAGCAACCAAUCUAUAUAAAAUACCCAGUCAUGGUCUGCCACCCCUCCAGCAGCCAGUCUAUCUAAAUACCUAGUCAUGGUCCACACACAACCCCUCCAGCAGCUUUUAGGUAUAAAUACCUAAUCAUGGUCCACAACUCCUCCAGCAGCCAAUUGGUAAAAAUAUCUGAUCAUGGUCCUCAACCCCUCCAGCAAUCAAUCUAUAUAAAUACCCAGUCAUGGUCCACCACCCCUUUAGCAGCCAAUCCAUCUAAAUACCUAAUUGUUGUCCACAACCCCUCCAGCGGCUUUUAGGUAUAAAUACCUAAUCAUGGUCCACAACUCCUCCACAAGUCAAUCUAUAUAAAUAACUAAUCACGGUCCACAACUCCUCCAUACAAAUACCCAGUCCUGGUUCACAACUCCUCCAGCAGACAAUUUAUAUUAAUACUUGAUCCUGGUCCACAACCCCUCCAUAUAAAUACCUAUUCAUGGUCCACAACUCCUCCAUAUAAAUACCUAAUCAUGGUCCACAACUCCUCCAUCAUCCAAUCAAUAUAAAUACCUAAUCAGGGUCCACAUCUCCUCCAGCACCCAAAUUUUAUAUAAAAACCUAACUAAUGGACCACAACCACUCCAGCAGCCAAUCUAUAAAAAUACCCUAUUGUUUCCCACAACUUUUCCAGCAGCCAACCUUUCUAACUACCCCAAUCAUGUCCCAUGACUCAACAGCAGCCUGUCUACAUAAAUGCCCUUGUAUGCCCCUUCCACAGCCAUCCUUUAGAAAUACAAAUUAUGUUUUAAAUGACUCCUCAAGAAAACAAUCUUUAUAUAAAUUCCAAUCAUCUCCUAUGACUCCUCAAUCAAUCAUAAAUACCAAUCAUCAUGUUUUACGAUUCGUCCAACAGCCAAUCUUUAUAGAUACCAAUCAUGUCCCAUGACCCAUCCAGCAGUCAAUCUAUUUAAAUACUACAUGUUGUCCCAUUACUCCUCCCACAACCAUUCUUCAUAUCUACCUUGUGAUGUGUAAUGGCGCUUUUAGCAGCCAAUCUUUAGAAAAAGACCCAUCCUGUCCCAUGACUUCUCCAGUAGUCAAACCUAAGGCCCUCAUGCACAUGGAAGCUUUUGUGAGUCUUGCCCAAAUUGAGAGCAUGAGGCAGCUGCAGCAUACAACCACCCAUAGUAAUACAUGUUUGAAUGCAAGCUGUACAUGCGUCUACACCAUAUUUGCAAAGGUACGCACAUGGGCAUAUGUGCUGGAACACGGCUGUUGCAUGUUCUUGGAUUGGAGUUUAUGUUAAGUACAGCUAGCAUUCAGCCUUUUGUUACUAGGGGCGGCUAUACACUGCAUGCCCGCGUGUGUCCCUGUGCAUGAGGCUCAAUAAAAAUACUCCAUCGUAGCCCAUGAUUGUUUUCAGCAGCCAAUCUUUAUAAAUAAUGCAUCGUGUCCUAUGACUCUUCCAAAAGCCAAUCUUUAAAAAAAAUACCACAUCGUGUCCCAUGACUCUUCCACCAGCUAAUCUAUAUAAUUACCCCGUUGUGUCCAAUGACUCUUCCAACAACAGCCAAUCUUCGUAAAUACCCCAUCGUGUACCAUCACUAUUCUAACAGUAAUCUUCGUAAAUACCCCAUCGUGUCCCAUCACUAUUCCAACAGCAAUCUUCGUCAAUACCCCAUUGUGUCCCAUGACUCUUCCAACAACAGCCAAUCUUUAAAAAUACCACUUUGUGUCCCUUGACUCUUCCAACAGACAAUCUUUAAAAAAAAUACCACAUAGUGUCCCAUGACUCUUCCACCAGCUAAUCUAUAUAAUUACCCCGUUGUGUCCAAUGGCUCUUCCAACAACAGCCAAUCUUUGUAAAUACCCCAUCGUCUACCUUGAUUCUUUUAACAGCCAAUCUUUGUAAAUACCCCAUCAUGUCCCAUCACUAUUCCAACAGACAAUCUUUGUAAAUACCCCAUUGUGUCCCAUGACUCUUCCAACAGCCAAUCUAUAUUAUUACCCCAAUGUGUCCCAUGACUCUUCCAACAACAGCUAAUCUUUGUAAAUACCCCAUUGUGUCCAAUGACUCUUCCAACAACAGCCAAUCUUUGUAAAUACCCCAUCAUGUCCCAUCACUAUUCCAACAGCCAAUCUAUAUAAAUACCCCAUUGUGCACCAUGACUCUUCCACCAGCCAAUCUAUAUUAUUACCCCAAUGUGUCCCAUGACUCUUCCAACAACAGCCAAUCUUUAAAAAUACUGCGUCGUGUCCCAUGACUCUGCCAACAGCCAAUCUUUGCAAAUGCCCCAUUGUGUCCCAUGAUUUUUCCAGUCUUCAUAAAGACCCUAUAGUGUACCAUGAUCCCCACACACUGACAAAUGAUUCUAGAGAAGCGAAAUAACUGACAUAUCCAUAUUAUAUUUACCUGGUCUGGAAGGUUGCAGUCAUUGCCCAUUGGGAUCUUCUUCCUGUCGCCCGGCCUUGCUGGAUUUGGAGGUUGCAGUUGACCGCACAGUAACGUGAUGGUGUGAUUAGCAGCUUCCACCCUUCCAGGACACAGAAGACGUAACCUAAGCUAACUCCUAUCUGGGGAGUGGUAAUGAGGAGCUCACGUGCCAAACAUUUACUAACCAAACCUGUCAUCUUUUUAAAUUAUUCUGCCAAUAAACCAGAUUUACCACUA